CGAGACGUGCACGAUACGUGCACGAGACGAGUGUCGUGCGACGCUCGUUUUUAAUUAAUAGCACAGGUUUAAAUACAUUCAGCCUCACAUGAACGUAACGAACACGAGACGACUACGAGAUUCGGUUAACGACAACGAGCCGACGAGUUUUGUUUAAUUUUUCUCGUGCCGGUGCCGCUGCGCGUAUAGGUCCAGUAUGUGUUUUUAGUGCAAUUAGGUAGUAGGUACAUAAUUUCAGCGUCAUUUGAAUAUUUACCUUUCCUAAAAUGGAUGUUGAGAAACUUAUUGAAGAAGUGCGACGUUAUCCCGUACUCUAUGAUCUCAGUAAUAACAAAUACAAAAAUAAUGAGUAUAGAGAAAGGGUUUGGAAAAAAAUUGCAGAAGAUCUACAGGUAGAAGGGGGGCCAAUAACAUGCAAAACAAAAUGGAUCCAUAUACGUGAUCAGUUUCGCAGAAUUUUAAAGAAAAGGAAAACUACAACAGGUAUGGCUGCUGGCCCCGUAAGAAAAUACAAAUAUGAAGAUAUUUUACAAUUCAUAUUGCCCCAAAUGUCUGAAAGAGAAACUUUAUCAAAUGUAUCCCAGUUACAAGAUGAAGAUGCGGAAGGUGAUGAAGAUGAUAUAGAAGAGACCCAAGAGAGUGAUACACUCCUUGCAGAAAAUGACGAGUUGGAGAAGACAAUAGAAAAUGCUGAAAGAAACGCAAGCAAUGAUUCAUUCAUUCCCGAAGCCCAUACACAAAAAGAAAAAGAUUUCUGCUAACACAAUCGAUAAACGUCAAGAUCAAAGUGCUUCAUCUCAGCUGAUGUCAUAUAUUUUGGAAGAAAAGAGAAAUGAAAGGCAGAAGCAACCUCCACCAUCUUCUGAGCAGCUUCAUCCAGUUGAUGCAUUUUUAAACGGCGUAUCACACACAUUGAAAGCCCUGAAUCCAAUACUCUUAAAUGAAGGGAAGACAAAGAUUUUUGGCAUCGUUCAAGAGCUGGAAAGAAAGCAACUCCUGGAUAAUCAGUCAAAGGUUGUGCUACCUUCCCAAGUUCGAGUUGUUCACGUACCUCAAGCGUCACCACUAAGUACUUACUCUUCACCUAGUUCUUCUUAUGCUUCCACCCCACUUCCUUCCCCUCAAUACAAUCUACCACUGCCUUCUCCAGAAUAUAAUAACGCUACUCAAUCAGAAAUGCAGCAGAGCGACCAACACCACCAGCCACCAUGGUAUUAAAUCAUAAAUGUAAUAUGUAUGACAAGGUUUUUUUUUCAAAUAAACGUUAAUAGA